AUGUUUAUAAAUUGUCUCAUAGAAGGAAAAACCCCAGUCAAAGCGUUAAUUGAUACAUCCUCGAAAUUUAAUACCAUUAGUAAGAGAUUGUUCGAUAAUCUUGAAGAAGAUUAUGGGUUGGAAGGUAUAUCUGGUGAUGAUUUGAUAGGUGAAGAAAUAAAAUACUUAGAUCUACAAUUUUGCUAUAAAAGAAAGUGGCAAAGCUUAGAUGCCACUGAAGUAAUAGACUUUCAAAUUUGCAAAAAUCUAUUGUUUGAUUUAAUGCUGGAACGGGAAUGGUUAUGGAUGCAUAAAGCGAAAAUAAGCUUUGAAUUUUCUUCUGAAACCUGUGAACACCGUGCUAAAAUUAUAAUAGAUGAUAUAAGUAUCCUAUUAAUCGAUGAAGAUUUUAAUAAAGCCAGCACCACAAAAAAUAACUUACCUAAGCAUCAUGGCAACAUACCUCCUGUAUCUCCAACAUAUAAAAGAGUUAGCAAGAAUAAGAAAUAUCCUAAAGUAGAUUUACGUGAUGGAGUAUGGAGUUUUGAAAAACUUCAUAUUAUUGAGUAUGAAUUAAGUUGUAUAAAUAAAGCAAAGUUGGUAGAGUUAAAGGGUAACAAGUCAGGUCCUUCUAAUUCUCGUUUACAUCAAAAUAAGAGCAAGAAAGGUGAGGUCAGAUAUUCCACAGAUUCAGAUACUGACUUUAAUUCUGACACUUAUUAUUCCUCCAAUUCAGGUUCGGAAGCUCUCGAAUCUUACUUGACCAGUACUGCACCCGGUUCCGUGUCAUACUUGGGGUUUUUGAAAUCAAAACGCACCAUAAUUAUCAAAACACCUCCGCUAUCGUGCGAUUGGAAAGGACUCAAUGGUGCGUGGUACGGACGAUUUAAGAAAGCUUCAAAAGAAUUUAAUCUGCCACUUUUCGCGGAAGAGGAUACUCGUGCAUAUUGGGAGGAAUUGAUAGAUGAACGUAAAAAGGCAAGUGAAAAACCUUUACUUGUGCACAUGUUAGUUUUUGUAGGAGAAGAUGUUGGUGAGGAAUUCGUGGAUGAAUACCAGUCAUCGAAAAGACUCAAAUAUGAUGAGCAAGGACAACGUCGAACGCAAAGUGGAAGAAAGAUAGCCGACUGUCGCGAAGAGGAAUCAAGCGAUGAGAUCGACGAAUCUUCUCAAAAUCUUUCUGCAAAAGACCUUUCCGACAAGGAAAAUGACGAGCGAGAGACGUUACAUAUGCAACAGCGAAAGCGUGCUACACGCAGAGUGGCUAUGAGAUCUCAAAUUAUCACGGGAGCGAUGCCAAAGUCCAAAGGAAAUAAUGUGAUCAGAAAUGGCACACCUCCUCUCCAAAUUUCUACAACUGUUAACCAAAACUUACUUGAUCAACUGGAUAAAGAGAAAGAAAACGCCAAAUUAAAUAUUGAACCAAUUUGUUCAAAUAUUAUCGAUGCUACAAAUAAGAAUUUGAUGACAAGGUUACAAUUAGAACGUGAUUACUACGUAGAGCCUAUUUUCAAUGCCACGACAAAAUAUAUUGAUGAGUUAAUUGAGAACAGUCAUAAUCGCAGUGAUCUCCGCAAGAAACUUCAAGCUCCAUUCCUACCACCAGAAGAAACAUAUUCGUUUGAGAAACAUUAUGAAAUUAGUUGGGCUCUCCGGUUUGCUGAUAAAUUGCUAUCGUUUUUUGAAGCACCGCGUAACCCUCUUCUGGAUAAAAAUUCCGAAGGUUGGAUUAACUGCCACCUUUUAACUCCACUGAUCGACGAUUGUUUCUUAAUGUGCGAAGAGAUUCAAAUUCUUAGAUGUGAAGAAAUGUCUUUAGCUUCAAUUUCACGUAAAAAUUUAUUGAGAGAAGAAUCUAGUAAAAAACAACCUGGACACAAAAUCGAUAUUAUCUUUCGCGUAGAUGAUAUGGAGUAUUUCGGAGCAGAGACAUUUGUCGACGGAGAUUUUCAGAAUUCCAAACCAAUAAAUUACAAACAUAAACUAUUUAGAGAGAUGAAAGACCAACUAGAUCGUCUAUUGAAGAAAUUGAAAUUUACAAAAGAAACGAUUAAACUUGUGAAACAGAUUGUUUUACAUGGUAUAUCACAUGGCGGUUAUAAUGGGAAAGUCUAUGCUAUGUACUAUGACAUAAAUCUUAGAUAUUAUCUUGUAUUUGAGAUGUGUCAAUAUAGAAUCGGUACAACAUGGAAUAGUGUUCCAGAAAGUCUCAAUAUUCUAAAAGAUAUAUUGAAUCUAAAGAAAGGUAUAAUUCAUACUCUUGAUAUCGUUACAAGAAUUAAAAAACGUGCGCUACAAACGAGAUCAAAAGAGUUAUUCUCAAUUGGCAAUCUACCCGAAACAACACGAUCUCCUCAAAAAAGAUAA